AUGCUGCGGAUAUUCGAAGAACUUGAUCAUAAUCGUGAUCAACGUAUCUCACGGGAAGAAUUUCAAGUUUAUAAAACUAUUCUGUUAGCUCACGAAAAAUGCUUUCAUCGAGCGACAUUUGAAGAAAAAUUAGACUCAAUUUUCGUUCUUUUUGAUCGGAAUCAAGAUAAUUAUAUUUCUCGACAUGAAAUUCGUGAAACCAUGCAUAAUCUCGGUGAGCAUAUCGACGACGAUCUUCUCGAAGAAAUGAUGCAAACAGCUGACACGAAUCAUGACGGACGAAUAAGUCGUGAUGAAUUCAAACGACUUCUUUUACAACUGCAUGCAAACAAAUAG